AUGUCUUUUGGAAGUUCUAGUAAUUCAUCAUCAAAUACACCACCGCCAACGGUUUCAAUUUGUUUAUUGGGAGAUUCCAAUGUUGGAAAAUCAUCUUUCAUCAUUAGGUUUCGGACGAGUGAUUUUAAUGAAGAAUAUGUUCCUCGGCAAUAUUUAGGGUCCUAUGUUGCCUAUAAAUUUGAAGGAUAUAAUAUUCGAUUGCAGUUCUAUGAUACCAUUGGAUUAGAAGAUUUUGAACAUGUCAAUGCUCAAUAUGAUAAAAUUGCAGACAUUUAUCUCAUGUGUUUUGCUCUUAAUGAUCGAACAAGUUUUACCAAUCUCGUGAAAUAUAUUCGACAAUUGAAAAGUAUUAAGGGAUUACCACUUGAUGAAAAAGUAAUAUUUUUGGUUGGGACAAAAUCCGAUUGUUAUGAACCAGUUAUUGAAGAAUAUGAUUGGAAAAGUAUACAACAUGAUGUCACCAGAAAACUCACAGUGAAGGCACCACCCUUGUUGACACCUUCUGAACAACGAAUUCGAAGAAAUUUUCAAACAAAUGUUUCAACUCUCACAACCGAGCAAGAAAAUACAAGCUCUUCAGCACUGAACGUUGUGUCCUCUUCAACGUCAAGAGGGCAAUAUAAUACAGUUUCACAUACGCAGGAAAAGAAACUCUAUAUCAGUAGUUCAAGCGCUGACAAUAUUAGUACCUACAAACGACCAGCCUUACAUCAUGCCAUGAAGCUUCCAGAAAUUCCAAAACCACUUCAUUCAUCUACCAAUAAUACUUCAAACAAAAUGUCCACAACAACAACCACUUCUAUCAAACCCAUUCCUCCAAUGCCUCAAUCCUCCUCAAUAAGCUCUUCAUCUCAACAUGCUAACAAAACAGAAGAAAACGUGACAUCAAACUCUCAAGAAAAACCCAAACACAUUCGACAGAGAAGUAGUAGCUUGAAAGAAUUUACAGCUUAUUCCAAAGAACCUCUUCAUACAAGACCUCCUCAUCCCACUAAAACUUUUGAUAACAAACCACGUUCUGGUACGAUUCAAAAUAUGAAGACCUUUGAUGAAGGUGACAAAAAUAAUGCGACACGUGGUGCAACAUUUCAAGAAAUUGUUGUCUUUUCACAAACACUUCCACGAGUACCACCGAAAAAAGACACAUCCAUGAUGAACUCUUCACAACAACAGUCAUCAUCCAUACGAAAGAAAUUUUGUGUGAGUGACGAAGAAGUGGCUUCCUUCCUCAAAACCUAUCCACUGUUUUCAGGUUAUAUUGAAACAAGUUCAAAAGAAAACACAAAUAUUAAUCAAGUCAUUCAAGAAGCACUUAAAAUGUAUUACAAGAGAAUGCGAGUGGAAAAGUUGGGAGGAGGAAAGGAUGAAAAUUGCAUGCUCAUGUAA